UCCCAAUCCCAGCCGUUGUGCCACCGGCCGGCCCCGCUGCUGGCGCUGGCAGCCAUGGAUGCCCCGCAGGCUGUGCCCAGCCGUCCCUCCCUGCUCCAGCUCCUCAGGGGGCUCUUUGGCUACCACCGAAGUGCUCUGGGGACACAGGGGCCCAGAGCGGAGCGCCAAGAGCCGGGCACCACCAGGGACCCUGGCAGCUCGCAGGGAGAGCGGGUCUCGCCUGCCCGCAGGGAUCCCGGGGGCCAUCAGGGCCUGUACUGGGAGCCCCUGGGGGAUGCAGAGAGGGAGGGCACGGAGCUGCUGCUGGGGGAGCUGCGGGAGCUCAGCCUGGAGGGCUCCCUGGGGAGCAGCAGGAGCUGCCUGAGCGCUGGCACCAGCGACACGGAGCUGGAGGUGGUUGGUGACGGGCAGGAGGCUCCUGCCGGCAGCGGGGCCCAGCAGGAUGCAGCCUGCGGGGUGGCCUCGGCAGAAGCUUUUGGGGACAAAGCUCUGGAGAUGGAUGGGCUACUCCAAGGUCCGGGUGCUGCUGAUGAAGACAUUACUGGCUCUGCAAGCCCCGAGCUGACAUUUUCUGUGGGCUUUGAUGCUGAAUGGGACAAAGGGCAGCUCCUGAAAGAUCAGGGUGCAGGAUCCUCCAAAGCAGAGCUCUCCCUGUGGAACAGGCUCAUCAGCAUGAACAGACAGCACUGGGCUUCGCAUAAGCCUCAUGCCUCGGGCAGUUCGCUGGGACUGGAGAGCGAAGAGGAGCCGCUUUUGGAGGCGGCUGACAGCAGCCCCGCGACGCUGGAGCUGCGCACAGAGCCCCGCGACGCGCUCCCUGCCUACAGGUUUUCUGAAGACAGACUGGGAGAAACCAUUGGCUGCUUUGGGAGAAGCCGGGUGGAGCUGGGAGCAAGCGACACAGGAGCCCUUGGAUAAGGAUGAGAGCCAGCACCGGGCAGGGAUGGGGAGCAGCCCCCAGCAGAGCCGCCCACACCAGCAGCCCUCCUGGAGGAGACCUGGCGCUUCCCCUCUGUCACCCGAGGAGCCCCUCGCUCCAGCUUCCUCCUCUUCUUCCCCCCUGUUUGUCUCUCAUGUACAUGCCCCGUUUCCUUCCUGCUUUCUCCCGUGCCCGUUCCUUGGGGAAGGACCUGUGGGUCUCACUGCACAGACUGGCACGGCCAGGUUUGGUUUGAAUUUUUUGAGAUUCAGCAUUUAGUGUGAAUAAAUUGUUCUCGCUUCUCUCUCUGAUUAUUUACUUUCCCUUAUUAAACAAUUCUGUGUCGAAUCACUUUUCCUGC